AUGAAACCGAAUCUUCUAACCGCCGAUUCCUUUACUCCACUAACAUGGAAUUCAAUUCCGUUUCCCAGAAAUUCAAUUCCACACCCCAAUCAUUUUCUAUCCAUAACAUCUCCAUACCCCAACUCCUCUAGACCCUCUCGUUUAAUUCCAAUUUUCCCUUCUUCAAAUCCUACUAAAAAGCAAUCCAAUUCCAGUAAUGAAGAAGUGUCAUUGAAUUCAAAUGUUGAAGUUCUCGGUGAAGACGAAUUGGUGAGGAAUUUGAAUGUCCAAGUUGGGAAUCCUAUCGUUCCCUCUUAUAUUCAGUCAUGGACUAAGGAUGAGGGAAGGUCAUCCCCAAAUCCAGAGUCACUAGCUCCUCAGUUUAGGAGAAAUAUGAAAUUGAGAGCAUCCAAUUUUAAUAAAGACAGGAGUGGAAAGAUUGUUUAUGCAGACCAUGCCAUAUCUAAAUGGUUUGCUGUUGGUUUGGAUGAUAAUGACCAGUUUCCUCCUUAUGUGCAUCUCGAGCCUAUUUCCUUUGAAGUUGUUGUGCGUAAAAAUGUAGAAAAGCCUCUAGUCUUGGUGAAUAGUCCUGUAACUGAAGAACAUAAGCAUAUAAGUGUUCCCCGUGUAUGGUCUGCCUUGAAAGGAGUUAAUCGGUGUACCUUCCUUAUGAACUUGGGCCAUUUGAUUGGGAUUACCCUUAUUCAGAGCCAUUCAAUGAGUCUAGAAAGUGUCAACAAAAUUCAGGUUGAAGAAGCCAUUUUGAGACAACUGAAAAGAUCAUUUUACACAAAUAUUCCGUCUUCAUAUAUGGAAAAUAUUACAGAUGGAGUGGUCCCAGUGAUUGGAGUUGAUUUUGAAGAGGAGAAAGACAUUUAUGAUGUUAACUUGUCUGAUAAUACACAGCCAGAUGCAACUGUUUCAUGCAAAUGUAGUGUAACGGAAAAUAAGAAACUUCUCCUCUACAAGGCAGGUUUUGUUCAAGCAAGGGUUGAACUAAAUCAAGUGCGCCAGAUGGUCGUAGACAUAUCAUGCCUUGAUAAGAAUCUAGACCUGAGGCUAAUGCUUUGCACCAAGAGGAUCUUAACAACUCUCACUGAUGACGAGAUGAAUAGCAUCAGAGACCUGAUCAAUUCUGCAGUUCUAGAUUCAGAUACAAAGGGUGGAUUAAGAUGGCCCCUGGGGAAGGCAUCUUCUGGCGGUAGAUACAGUGUCAUUGGGGUUUGGCACACAAUAGCCAAAGCCUAUCAAAGUUCAUCAUUUAGGCUUAAAGAAGUAGGAGCUGAAAGUGAUUCAAUCUCCAUUAUGCUUGAGGACAGCUUAAAACUGAUAUGGGACAAGUUCUUAUGCUAUGGAUUGAGUGUUGUUUAUGAGAAUGAGGAAAGCUUGGAGGUGCUUGCCAUUUUGGCCCACGAAGACACCAUUGUUGCCCUUCUUCUUAUAGUUGUUCUUCUUAAUCUUCCUUAA